UACAGGGCCCAGCGAACCAGGUGGGACGCACACAGAGGGCAGUUCAGUGGAACCCCGUAUUCAAACACCAGGCCCCCAUGUCAGCUCCCUGCCACCCGCUUACGGCACCCUGCCUCCUCGCCCACUGGGGGACCGGAUGUCACCGUGCUGUGGCCACAGAAGGUGUCGCUGGUGGAAGCGUAUUUACUGUGGUUUGUGUUGGGGGUGACCGGAGCUCACCACUUCUACCUGCGACGGCCGUGUUUUGGGUUUGUUUACCUGCUGACUGGCGGUCUGGUCGGCCUCGGAUGGCUGGUGGAUGGGUUCCGGCUGCCUUGGUUGGUGGAGGAGACCAACCAGCGACUGCGAAAUCCUCAGUUGGUGAAGACAGUCACCCUGUCCGACGCAUACUGCUAUGGUUUCCAUUUGGAUUUUUGGCUGGAAAAGUCUGGUAAAGACACUGCCUACCUGCAGCAGCACAGUCCCUUAGAAAAUUGCCUUUCACAUUGUUUCCAUUUGUUCUACCUGCGGAGGCCCUGGGAAGGCAUCUUCUACUUCUUGACAGGUGGUGGUUUUGGCAUCGGGUGGCUGGUCGAUGCUGUCAGAAUUCCCUACCUGGUCAAACAGUGCAACGAAAUGCCGCCUGAUGCAGAGCUCACGAAAAACAUGCUUUGUUCUUUUUUGCUAUGGCUGCCUCCGUUUGGACUGUUUGGCUGCCAUCAUUUCUACUUGCGGCGAUACGGGUGGGGCAUUCUCUACUUCCUGACAGGCGGUCUCUGCGGCAUUGGGUGGCUUGUCGACCUCUUCCGCUGUUCGUCCUCACCAACCGCUACAGACGACAGAAUGCACUGGAGCUGGACCCACGACGGACAUACCGACGAUGCUUACAUUCUAUGGUUUCCUUUAGGCAUUAUAGGUUUCCACCAUUUUUAUUUGGGACGCUAUGGCUGGGGCAUCAUCUAUUUACUGACCGGCGGCCUGUUGCCUAUCGGGUGGAUUGCAGAUCUUUUCCGCAUACCCUCGCUUGUCAAAGACUAUAACAACAAUCUUGAAGUCCAGUCACUGUUGAGCAUUCUUGCUCGCGACUCAUGCCCCGAGAUUACGGAAAUGGCGUCUCCAGCGUGGGUUACCCGGAUGCUGUGGCAGCUCCUUGUGGGUCAGAUCUCGACCCUGGCUUCUCUUCGUAUCAAGGAAUUUCCCGCAGGUGUGUACAGCUACAUCUUCCUUCGUACGACGAAGCGAUGGAAAGUUCCAAAGGCCACUAACUCGCAGGCUUGAACCAGUUUAACUCCUUGAGAAGUUUCCUCCCUUAGAAAUGCGAGGAACGGACGACAGAGGCGAGCAACUGAAUAAGCGAGAAGACCCGUGUAGGUGGAAUGAGGAUAAUAUUUGUUUUUUAAUUGUGCUUUUCUCAUGGUUUCAAUAAAUUUAAUUGUUUUUCAAGUUGGAAAUUGUGAGCAUAUACGUUGAACAAUCACGUGGGUUAUAUAAUCAUCUUAAUAUUUUAGACUAGCAAAUAGUCUUCGUAAUGUGUCUUUUCUAGGCAACUAUUUGACUGUUAGCUGUAAAUUUGUGCUUUUUCAAUUUUUUAGCAUUUUAUGAAGAAAGAAAUAUGAACAUUGACGGAUUAAAAGCACCUGU